CAUACACAAGCGAGGGUACAAAAGUGAAAGUUGUAAAAACUUUAGGGUAUAUAAGUGCUGCCAAAACAAGUGAGGGUAUAUAAGUGCAACGUAGUUGAAACUACAGGGUAUAUAAAUGCAAUUAAGCCAAAAGAUAAACAUUAAAGAACAACAAUAACGAAGUUAGCAUAGUUGAAUUAAGAAUACACACAAAUAACUAAAUAUGAUGUAAGUUAUGCUUGCAUUUAUAAUAAGCUAGAGUUUUUUUUUAUGGGGAUGAGAUAAUAUCUUUAAAUUUUGCUGGAUAAGAGAAAUGGGAGGAUUGUUGUUGAAUUGGUGACUAUGACUACGAUCAGAUCAAAGGAAAUGUGGAUUACUGUAUAAGGUAAUAGCUAUAUGGAGCUUGAGGUAACCCUUGAUAGAGACAAGGAUGAAAGAAAUCAUGAGCCUGGUCUUAAAAAGAUCAGCAUAGGCUAUAUGGAACUUGAGGUAACCUUGAUAGAGACAAGGAUGAAAAAAAUCAUGAGCCUGGUCUUAAAAAUCUCAGAAUAGGCUUCUUCAUUGUUAAGCAGAAGAGAAUUUAUUUAGCCAAUCUCAAAGAAGUUUGGGAUGAAGGGUUAAUUAUUGCUUGUCAAUUAUUUCAGGAUUGUUGGCAUAAAUUCUAAAAGAGCUGCUUGAUUUCCUACAUGGAUUUAGUCCAUCAACCUGCAUGAAAAGGAUGGGGUGUUUUGCUGUUUGAUUUAGGGUUGGAUUGGGUGGGCUAAGGAGAGUUGAAUUUACGGACUUUAUGGUGGGUGCUUAACUAGAUUCGGUGACAGAUGGAGACUGGUUUAAAUAAUUAAUUUUAAGGUGUGGCAAUGGUAAGUUUUCCAUGCCUUGUGAUAUAAUGCUGCAAGAUGGGAUACAAUUUUAAUCGGGAGGAGCUGCAGUGUAAGAGAGAGGGGCUUGGGAGUUUAAGAUGAUGCUAUGGGGUGUAUUCUGUGGUGUAUGGUGUAAUGAGUUGUGGAGAGAGGAGCUAGACAAUAAAAGAUGAUAUUAUGGCAUAUAUUCUGUUGUGCUAUAUGGUGUAAUAUGCUCAGAGAUGGAAUAAAGAUUGCACACUUGUCAAACCUGUCAUGCUGCCUUAAAGCCAAUCUAUCACACCCAUUUUCUUCAGAUAUAUUUUGCAAGCGCAAAAUAUAACCACAAUUCUGCGGAGGGAGAUUGACAUGCAUGCACAUGGUGUUGGGGUGUGGAGGCAGAGUUCAGCGGUGAGGUUGGAGGUGAACUGGGCCUCUGAACUUCAGCAGUUGGAAUUAAAUAGCAAUUUCAUACAUGAAUAUUUCAGGAUUUCAGCUGGUAAUGGAACUUCACUUAACACGGGCAACUAAAAGAAGUCAUGCUUGAUGCUAUCAGAAGCUCCAAUGUCUUGUGAGGACAAAAUGAUCCCAAUGAGUCCUUCACCAAAAACCCCAAUUUCAGAAUCACCUUGCACAUCCCGAUCAAUGUGCGUAAAGUCCAACAUGGAAGCACCUCAUACCCCUAAUCAGCAGCAAGCCGAUGUCUUAGAUGGACCUGUGGCUAUCCUCUGGGACAUUGAAAAUUGUCCAGUUCCAAUUGAUGUUCGCCCUGAAGAUGUUGCUGGCAACAUAAGGAUGGCUCUCAGAGUGCACCCAGUUAUUAAUGGAGCAGUGACUCUCUUUUCCGCUUACGGAGAUUUCAAUGCCUUUCCCCGUAGGCUUCGUGAAGGCUGUCAAAGGACUGGUGUGAAACUUGUCGAUGUCCCAAAUGGAAGAAAGGAUGCUGCUGACAAGGCUAUCUUGGUUGAUAUGUUCUUGUUUGCACUAGACAACCGGCCACCCUCCUCAAUAUUGCUGAUAUCAGGCGAUGUAGACUUUGCCCCAGCUCUUCAUAUCCUCGGCCAACGUGGGUACACUGUUAUACUUGUCAUUCCUUGUAGAGUUGGUGUCGCAACAGCUCUGACCAAUGCUGGGAGAUUUGUUUGGGAUUGGCCUAGUGUUGCUCGUGGUGAAGGUUUUGUCCCCCCAAAGACCUACAUUCCUCGUGGGCCCGAUUUUGGUGGCCAUCUCAUUAGCGGUAACUUUGGGGACAAGCCAGAUGUUCCCAAUGAAGAAGAAUCAAUUGUUUAUAGGGGAAUUUCACAGAGAAGCCAGAUCUACUUCUGCAGCACAGUUCAAGAGUGCAGUGCUAAUAACAUGACACCUGGAUCGCAUAUGCCUUCUUCAAGGUCUGAGAGCCUACCUUCUGAAUUGAGUGAAGCUUCAAUGAAUGAUCAAAAUGGGAUGCAGGGCUGGUGGGUUCAGCCAGGUGAUAUUCAAGGUUUGAAGGCGCAACUAGUGAGGCUCUGCGAGAUUUCAGGAGGAACUUUGCCUCUUGUCCGAGUUCCGCCGGAGUAUCUCAAGAGCUUUGGGCGUCCGCUCUAUAUGUCAGAAUAUGGAGUUUGUAAGCUUGUGAACCUCAUUGGGAAGAUGGCAGAUACCUUUGUUGUAGUGGGGAAGGGACAUAACAAGUUGCUUUGCCUUCGGAAUAACAGAGACAAGCAGAUCAAAAAGUUCUCUAGCCCUGAAAACAUGAUGAAGGAUCAGAAAGGAAAGGGAAUGGUGGAGGACAGUGUUGAUAUAAGAAUCUGUCCUAAUAUGGGCAGUUCCUCAUCUGACUUCUCAGAGGAUGAGAGGAACGGAGAGUUUGACGAUCGGUUUGAUGGUUUCAGGCAAGAAGUGCAAGAACUUCUUGUAUGUUAUGGUUAUCUCCCCGUUCCGCUGAGCGUAUUUGAGUCUCUCUAUGAGCAGCGAUAUAAGAGGGCUAUAGAUUUUCAGAGCUUUGGAGUAGAGGGGUUAGAGGAACUGAUGGAGAAGGUGAAGGAUGUGGUCUUGUUGUGUGAAGAUCCGGGGAGCAAGAGGAAAUUCCUACAUCUUGUUGUAAAUGGAUAGAGAGGUCACUGAUCAAGUCACCCUUUUAACUUCUAAUGUCCUGAUGUCGGUGUUUCUUUUGAAAGCGUUAUAGAUGUGGCAAUGUUGUGUUCUUGUUCCAUCGAAUUUUUUAGAUGGUUGGAAUUGUAUAUGUUUAUACUACGAUUUUCUAAGGUUGCUGACAAUAUCUGCCGGUGAUGAACUGAAUAGGGGGCUCAUGUAUCAACAUCUUUCAGAUAACAUGUACAGGUGAAAUUAGUCAUUGCGUUUUGUUCCUUA